AUGGUUCGUCUGAUUCAAGUCAUCGCCGCGGCAGUCACUGUUGCAGCGGUGACUGCAACCACAACGUGUUCAGCGGAUUCCCAUUGUCCCGAAGAAGCGCCGUGCUGUUCGGAAUAUGGAGAAUGCGGAGUCGGUGAAGAGUGUUUGCUUGGUUGCAAUCCGAUCUUAUCUUAUGCUCUCGACUCCUGCGCCCCGCAACCCGUCUGCGAGAGCAAGAGCUUCAGUAACUGGACGACUACCGAUGAAAUCAUUAAGAACUGGGAAUACCUUGGCAAUGCCACAGCCAAUGAUUGGUGGGUUAGUGGAACGCCACUGGUAGCUGACGGCAACUUGCUCUUGACCAUGGCUGCCAACACAACCGGUACCCUGUUGUCAUCUACGCAUUAUGUUUGGUACGGGAAGAUUUCAGUGACUAUGAAGACAUCCCGAGGCUCUGGUGUCGUCACUGCCUUUGUUAUGAUGUCCGACGUCUUAGAUGAGAUUGAUACAGAGUUCAUCGGUUCCAACCUAACUACGGCUCAAACCAACUACUUCUUCCAGGGCAUUGUCACCGGAGAAUUGGAGGUCAACGCUUCAAUGUCCGACAGCUUCGAAAACUUCCACACCUACGCUCUUGACUGGACGCCAGAUUCACUUACCUGGCUACUAGACGAUGAGCCUGUACGUGUACUGAAUCGGAGCACUACAUACAACGCAACAACAAUGCAAUACAUGUACCCUCAAACCCCUUCUCGUGUGGAGCUCUCUAUAUGGCCAGGAGGUGCCUCGGAUGAAUCUGCUGGUGUCAUCGCGUGGGCUGGUGGCGCAAUCGAUUGGAAUUCAACAGAUAUCCAAGAGGUCGGAUAUGAUUACGCGACUAUCAAAGAAGUGAACAUUACUUGCUACGAUCCCCCGUCCGGUGCCAAUAUUCAAGGCAACAUCUCAUACAUCUAUACCAAUGAUGCAGCUACAAAUAAUACUGUAGAGAUCACGAACAACUCGACGGUCAUGGCUUCCUUUGAAGAUACAGGAACCAACAUGACCGCAGGAGCGACUACGGCGGCCGCACAAAGUACUGCUACAUCGAGUAGCACUUCUGAUUCUGGCUCAUCAGAGUCAUCCAGCUCCAGCUCAUCAAGCAGCAGUGGAGAUGGAUUUUCCCAGGGUAAUGGCAGUGGUAGUAACUCGUCCAUUGCCGUCACAUUUAACCCCUCGUUCAUUCAGGUUUCUUUGGUCCUUGCUAUGACCACGGUAGCGUUGAUGGCCUAG